UCGUCGCGCCAGGUCACAUGUCUGGUCUCCAUUGUCCGCAGAGCAGGGUGUGUACAGCGGGGAUGCUGCGUGGUCGGGUGUGGGAGUAGCUGGCUGGAUGAGUGGGUGUUUUCCCUUCAGCAGCGUCCUUAUUUCAUAUCUCCUUCCAUCGCUUGCUUCCUGGGAAGAUGCCCGGGACGGAAGAGAUGCAGCGCGGGGGUGAGGAGAAGCGGCCCGGGCUGACUUAGACGGGGCGUGUCUGUCGGUUGUUUUUGCUGCUGUCAUCGCCGCUGCACCUGCGUGGAGGAGAGGAACGACUGACUCAGCUCCCGGAGAAUGGCUAUGUAACUCGGUGAGGGAAAUUAGCGGCAUAAACACUAAAUGAUCGAGAGAGAGAGAGAGAGAGAGAGACAGAGAAAGAAAGAAAAAUGUCUGCGGGCAAACACUGCGAGGCGGUCAGGGUGGUGGUCCGUUGCCGGCCGUUCAGCAGGAGAGAGGAGACAGCGGGGUGUGAGAACAUCCUAGAGGUGGAUGACAGACUGGGGCAGAUCACCAUCAGGAACCCAAAGGUGCCACCUGAUGAGCCGAUGAAAGUCUUCACGUUUGAUUCGGUGUAUGGCUGGAACUCGAAGCAAAGGGAUAUCUAUGACGACGCUGUGAGACCUCUGGUGGAGUCUGUGCUCCAUGGCUUCAACGGCACCAUCUUCGCCUAUGGGCAAACCGGGACUGGCAAAACCCACACCAUGCAGGGGGCGUCGAAGGACCCGGAGAAGAGGGGCGUCAUCCCCAAUUCGUUCGAGCACAUCUUCACCCAGAUAUCCAGAAGCCAGAACCAGAAGUAUCUGGUGAGGUCGUCCUAUCUUGAGAUCUACCAGGAGGAGAUCAGGGAUCUCCUAUGCAAGAACAACAACAAGAGGCUGGAGCUCAAAGAGAAUCCGGACUGUGGGGUUUACGUGAAGGACUUGUCUUCGGUGGUGACAAAGAACGCCACCGAGAUCGAGCAUGUCAUGAACAUUGGAAACCAGUCCAGGUCGGUGGGCUUCACCAACAUGAACGAGCGCAGCUCCAGGUCCCACGCCAUUUUCCUUGUGACUGUAGAAUGCAGCGAAAGAGGCCCGGACGGCGAGGACCACAUCCGUGUUGGAAAGCUAAACAUGGUUGACUUGGCUGGAAGCGAGCGCCAGAGCAAGACGGGCGCCAAGGGGAAGCGUCUGAAGGAGGCGGCCAAGAUCAACCUGUCCCUCUCCGCACUGGGGAACGUCAUCUCAGCCCUGGUGGACGGGAAGAGCACCCACGUCCCGUACAGAGACUCCAAGCUGACCCGCCUGCUUCAAGACUCUCUGGGUGGCAACGCAAAGACAGUCAUGAUCGCAACAGUUGGGCCCACUCACAAGAGCUUCGACGAAACCCUGGCGACCCUGAGGUACGCCAGCAGAGCCAAGAGAAUAAAGAACAAGCCCCGAAUUAACGAGGACCCCAAAGAUGCCCUGCUGAGGGAGUUCCAGGAGGAGAUCGCACGCCUGAAGGCUCAGCUGGAGGAGCGGGGGAUGCUGGCAAAGGAGAGGCGCCGGAGGAGGAGAGACAGCAAGAGACUGAGCAAAAGCCUGGCGGGUAUGGAGGAGGAUAUCCUUUGCGAGAAGGAUGGAAACGUGUGGAAGGCGGCCGAGGAGGCAGAAGAAGACGGGAGGCAUUGCCUGAUUGAGGGGGGUGACAGUGCCAAGAUUCUGACCUGCCAGGGUGGCAGUGAGAAACUGAGGAACCUAAAUCUGUACAGAAGAAGUCUGGGGGACAUGCAGUGGGAUCAAGACGCGGUGGAGAAAAUCAUUGAGAAAUACAAGGCCAUGGAGAGCAAGCUGUUGGUCGGUGGAAAGACUAUCAUUGAUCACACCAAUGAACAGCAGAAAAUACUGGAGCAGAAAAGACAAGAAAUAGCAGAACAGAUAAGGAGAGAGAGAGAGAUCCAGCAGCAGAUGAUGUUGCAAGAUGAAGAGACCUUGGAAAUCAGAGAGACGUUCUCCUCCCUGCAGCAGGAGGUGGAACACAAGACAAAGAAGCUGAAGAGGCUGCAUGCUAAACUCCAGCUGCUGAGGGGAGAGAUGAAAGACAUUUUUGACGAGCACGUCACAACCCGACAAGAACUGGAAGAGACUCAGGAAGAGCUAACCAGAGAACUCAAGUACAAAUAUCUUCUGAUUGAGAAUUUCAUUCCCCCCGAGGAAAAGAACAAGAUCAUGAACAGGCUGCAGUUUGACUGCGAGGAAGAUCAGUGGUGGCUACAACCAGUUAUUCCUUCAGAGAGUACACCCACUCAGGUCAAGAGACGGCCUCUUUCUGCUGUGGGAUACAAGAGGCCAAUCAGCCAAUAUGCACAGAUGGCUGUUGCCACCACUACUGGGAUCCCAUUUAGAUACCAGGCAGAAAACGUCAUGCUGCUGGAGUUAGACAUGUCCCCACCAACCAUGUUCACCUUGAACCUAAACGGCGAAUGCCUGGAGAGAGCCUUCACCCCCAGGCUGCUGCCGGAUCUGUCGCUAAAUGUGCGUGCAAGAGGCGCGUCGUCUUCAAGGGUCAGGAAAUCCCAGUCCUGGUAUCAGGCACCACAAGCUGCAUCUGUCACAUCAUCCUCAUCCUCCACUAUGCUGACAUCAGAACCUCAGAGCUGCUCUUCCUCUCCGAGACAAAGACCGUCCUCUGCUGCAUAUCUUUCUUUGGGAGGACCAGACCAAUCAAGCCCCUGAUUUUCCGUUACAUUCUGUCUGCUGGCCUUAGUUCUUUAUGUGCCCGGUUAGAGAUGGAAGUUAAGGAGGAUCCAUUUGUAUUAAUUCAUUUUGAAGCUGAGUUUAUUUUAAAAAAAUAACAAUUUAAAAAAAAAAACCCAUUAUCUGUUAGUUUGGGAGGUAACUAAAAGUAGAAUAGUUUAGCUGAACAUUUUUUGAUUUCUUAGUUUCAGCAUGGUAUACCUAAGCUUUUUUUUAAUUUGACCGAGUGAUUUUUGUUUUGCAGUCACGAUAAAAAUGCAAGUGCUUUUAUGCUUAAGGAAUCUCAGAUGAAAAUGAUCAAAUACUGGUCUUUUCACCCCUCUGACAUUUUUUAUUUAAUUAAUUAAUUUAUUUAUUUUUACCUUUUGGGUAAAAAAUGUACUGCAGGAUGUCUUUGUACUGAUUACUUGUCAAGUUAUACCCGACAGAGAUAUGUUUUUAGCCCACUUAUUUGAAAACUACUCCCAAAAAAUGACUCCAAAAAAUACUGCUUCGCAGAAUGGGGUCGCCUAGACCUAUUUUAGCUUGUUCAGGCGGCGUAGGGGUCAGAUUUCAGAAGAAUCAGCGGAACUAUGUAGGGAUCAAACCACAAUCAAUGGAAAAGGAAAGCAAUCCAAAUUCAAUUAAACUUUACUUGGGAUUUACUUUACUUUACAUUAGAAAUGUUAAAAUUGUUAGAGCGGAAAAAAUAUACAAUCAAACAAAAUGUACAAUCAGACAAAAUAUUUUAUUGUUUGGUAAAGGUAUGUCAUAAUACAGAUUUAAUGUGCAACCAUUAAAUCACUAGUCAUCAGAAAGUCUUUUCUCCUCUAUUAAUCAUUAUUAUUUCUAAACAAUUAGGAAUGUUUUUGCACGGUGACCAAGUGGAAAGGUACUAAUUGUAAUCUUAAAGUAAUUGUUGCAAUUGUCAAUCUAAGAAAGAUACAACAGCGCUUUCUUGACGAAAAAAAAAACAAAACACAAUGACAUACCUGAACAUCUCGUAGCAUCUGGAACAAUGCCUUUUAGAUGUGUAACUGUUAAGCAUGGUGGUGGAGAGGUGAUGAUGUGGGCUUGCUUGUUGACAUCACAUCUCGAGUGCGCAAAGCUGCAUCCGAACCACCCACCAAACGUCUGGAACAAAAUCUAUUCUUGCCUUAAAUGCUCCCAAAAAGAGGAAGAAAAAAAAAAUAGUUGCGCACCUUUCAGUGACUCUUUGUAGCAAUGUUUUUAAGAUGCACUCAAUGCUUUAGCAUUCUGUUUCAAUAUUCGCUUAAUAAAUAAUGUUUAAACAGAGUCGCUCAUCUCGGAUUGUAUUAACCAAAUUUUUAGAGCCAUGAUGGGUUUUUUUUAAUGUAUGGUUAUUAAAAUCUUGGAAUUGAAAGUCUGUAUGCUCACACAGUUGUAGAGAAAAGAAAAGAUGGCCAUGUCUCUGCCAAACACGUCAAGGCUGACCGAAUGGGAGAACACCCUGACGUAACCUGUGUGCUUUACGAUGUUUUGCUGCGGUGUUUGGCUAAUGUAAUUGUGAACCAAAAGUGUGAAGAAAGCUUGCAGUGCCGUCUUGAUUAGCUGCCUUACUUUUUCAUGAUUGUGAAAAGUCGACUUGCUUACAUAACUAAAUAAACACUGAAUAGUCUCGAAGUG